CGAUCCGAUAUUUUUCAGGGCCCUGCUGAAACAAUCCGUUUUCUCCCACCUUUCAAUUAUUUCAGGGCCCAACCCAUCGUUUUCGCGGGCUUUCCCUUCCCUCUCCUCGCCUCCUGGCGUCUCUCCCACUGCUUCCGCCUCGUCUCCGGCGGUCUCUCAUCGUCUACGCAGCUUCUUCGACUCCGGCGGUGGCUUCGUUGUUACUUGCUACACUGCUCGCAAAUCUGAGCGAACCUGCCGCCGGUCACUGGAAAGCGUAAAACAGAAAUGCCGCGAAGUAUAGUAGAAUAGGCGGCGAUGUGGCGGUGGAAGGGAUUCUUCCGGCGGCACUACUCGAGGUUACAUCCGCCGCCACCGGCGACAGUCAUCAGAGUCUCCAACAACGUCGCUCGCCUCGAUAGCAGCCCUAAGGAGGGCCCCAAGCCUCGGCAGCUGCUGUCUCUGCCCCCGUUCCCUCCUCAUCCUCUCCCCGCUUCUUCUUCUGCUUCAUCGCACGUUACUGCUAUCAGCUGGGUCAAGUACUACUUCCAUGGAGCCGAAAAUUCCAUCAUUCAGUCCCUUUUCACCAAAGGCCUCGUUCAAAUUGAAUGCCCAACCUCAAAUCGAUCAUCCCCAGGGCUGGAGAGAGAGGCUGCAUCCAUGAGAAAGAUUAGGCCACAUGAGGUUAUGGAAGCAGGGCAAAGGGUAUACCUUCCUGUAUCGGUGGCUGAGUCGAAGAUCUCUAAGAGAUUCGACACUAUUCCGAGUGGGACGCUCUAUCCCAAUGCCGAUGAGAUCGAUUACUUGAGGAGGCUUGUCAUGUACAAGGACUCUGCAAUAAUCGUGCUUAACAAGCCCCCAAGAUUGCCAGUCAAGGGGAACUUGCCAAUUCACAACAGCAUGGAUGCAUUGGCUGCUGCAGCAUUAUCUUAUGAUUAUGAUGAGGGUCCUAAGUUGGUACAUCGACUUGACAGAGAGAGCAGCGGCAUCAUCUUGAUGGGGAGAAAGCAGGAAAGUGUAUCGCUUCUUCAGUGGCUGUUCAGUAACAUAAACCGAGCGAAAUCCUCUUGCAAGGCCUGGAAUGAUGCAUGUGAAGCAACUUACCAGAGGCAUUGGGCUUUGGUCAUAGGAUGCCCUAGACAAAAGGAAGGCUUGAUUUCUGCUCCUCUCUCAAAGGUGCUUCUUGAUGAUGGAAAAACUGAAAGGGUCAUCUUGGCUCGUCAGUCAAGUUUAGAGGCCUCUCAAGAAGCAGUUACUGAGUUUCGGGUUUUGGGCCCUACAAUAAAUGGAUGUUCCUGGAUUGAACUCCGACCUCUUACUGGCUGCAAGCACCAGCUACGUAUUCAUUGUGCUGAAGCGCUGGGGACUCCAAUAGUGGGUGACUACAAGUACGGUUGGUUCGUCCACAGGAAGUGGAAGCAAAUGCCAAGAGUGGACACCGAGCCUAUGAGUGGUAAGCCAUACAAGCUCCGAAGGCCUGAUGGCCUAGAUGUACAGAAGGGAAGCGUGCUGUCUAAGGUCCCGUUGCUGCACCUUCACUGUAGGGAGCUUGUACUCCCGAACAUUGCAAGGUUCCAGGAGGAGCUCCUGAGGGAGAGGCUGGGGGCCCUUAACUCCGAGCAGGGAACAAAGCUGGAUAUGCUGCGGUUUGUGGCAUCAAUGCCCUCUCAUAUGAGAAUCAGUUGGAAUCUCAUGUCAUCAUAUUUAGUAUAGAGAACUUCAGUAUCUGAACCGGACCAAAUAUUGACUCGUACCAUUUCUUUGCGAGUCCAACAGAGGUUUUAACAGUUUCAAUACUUCCGGGUUGGGCUGGGCGGUUUGUCAUUGGUACGUGCUUCCAUCGACCAUAAGAUUCCCUACCAGCCACAAUGCUUCUGGUCAAGUAUCAUAGCAGUGAAGGUGCCAAAUCAGUCUUUUAGCCUCCUCCAAUGAACACCAGUGUUGUAUAUGAUAAGUUGAGCUACCUCCAUUUGUUGUCUACUAAUCUAUGAAGAAAUCAUUUUUCGGACU